AUGUCAAAUCCAUCUGCUAAUACACAGGGUAAGGUUAAUUCGAGGCCAGUGGCCCCACUGGCUACUGUUCUACGCACGAAGCUAAAGCAACCACAGUUCUACUGGUUUCUAGGUCACUUUCUGACCUUAUAUCAUUACUUCAGGUACAGUUUAUCGUUCAAGCAGGCGUCCAUCCGUCACCAAUAUGGUUCGGUUUUGUUUUACGUGUUUAUAACAUACGGCAUUGUAUUGUACCAGUUUUAUAAGUCAGGGCAAUUGAAACCAUCUACAGUGAAAUCCCAAUUGAGGACCCUCGACAAUCUGCAAUAUUUCGUUAUGACUUUUGUUUUAUGGUGCUGUAAAAAUUCUAAGAUAAUUUCCACAGCAACUCUUUCUCCGGUAAUAUUUGCGUUGUUCCAUUCUUUGAAUUACUUCAAGGAAAACUUGCUGCCAGCUUUACCGUUGCAGCCCGCAAUGAAAAACCUUUUGACUACCAGAAUUGCUUUUUUCAUCGCAAAUUACAAUGAGCAGUGUCUUAUGAUCGCACAGAACUCGGAAUUCAUUACCUUGGUUCAGGUUAUUGUGUUACUUCCAAUAGACUUCUUCUGGCUCUUGAUACGUUUCAAUAUUCAAAAUUUACUGAAGUUUGUUGCUGUUGCUACGUAUCUGUGGUUCUUCAAGUUACGGUACGUGCAAUCCCCACAGAUGAAAGCUAUCAUAGACCAAUACGACUUAAAAGCAGACCAAUUGUUCCAACAGAAUGCUCCACAAUUAAGUGUACAAUGGCAGAAACUGAAACAACUUCUUAUUCGCUUCUUUCGUUUGAUCCCCGUUUAA